CAUACAGUAUACACCUAUCUAUCUCCCACAAGCAUCAGCAGUCUCUCCAUCAGUCUCCACGAUACUGAGCGCUACUACGGCGCAAAAUAUGGCAUCUCAGCGCCCCGAAGAACCGUUCUCCGCCUCUGCACACAUCUGCGUCUUUCUGUUGACCACCUCGGCCUGGAUGGCAUUGCCAAGACCGGUGCGCUGUGGCAGCGGGGCUUUAAUAAACCGGAACGGCGGGGAGGACCGUACGUUUGACAUAGGCGGUGGGGACGGAGGCUCCCCGCCGGGCUUACCGAUUUUCAGUGACGAGGAAACCGUCAGCGCGGAGAGCUCACCCCGCUUUAGGAGAGCGCUGUCCCGGGAAAAGAAAAUGUCCCUGCAUAGCAGCUCGUUCGUGCUCAAAGGGGAUGCGACCCACAACCAGGCGAUGGUCCACUGGACAGGAGAGAACAGCAGCGUCAUCCUCAUCCUGACCAAGUACUACCAUGCUGACUCCACCAAGGUGCUGGAGAGCUCACUGUGGAGGUCUACUGACUAUGGCACCACCUACACCAAACUCAACCUGAUGCCAGGAACAACUAUUGUGGUGACCAGCUUCUAUAUCUGCCCAACCAACAAGAAAAAGGUGGUGCUGGUGGGUUCAUCCAUUAAUGAAAGGGAUCAGAUGCUGUUUAUCAGCACAGACGAAGGUUCCUCCUUCCAGCGUCAGUCCAUAUCCUUCACUCCAGACACACUCAUCUUUCACCCUAAGGAAGAGGACAAGCUCCUGGCCUACAGCAAGGAGGGCAGGCUCUUCACUUCCACAGACCUAGGCCGUAAGUGGACUUUGCUUCAGGAGCGGGUGACCAAGGACAAAGUCUUCUGGUCAGUAUCUGGUGUGGAUGUGGACCCUGAUCUGGUGCACAUGGAAAUGCAAGAUACAAGUGGAGGUUACCUGUAUGUUACCUGUCUCAUUCAAAACUGUUCAGACAAAAUGGUGACGGCUCAGUUUCUCGGCAAAAUCGACCACAACUCACUGCUGGUGCAGGACGACUACAUAUUUGUCAAGGUCACCACAGGGAAUCGCACAAAGCACUAUGUGUCCUAUCGACGCAACGAGUUUGUCCAGAUGAGGUUUCCCAAGUAUGCCUUGCCAAAGGAUGUUCAGAUAGUUAGUACAGACGAGAGCCAGGUCUUCCUCGCCAUCCAGGAGUGGUACCAGUCAGACACAUAUAACCUGUACCAGUCUGAUCCCCAGGGCGUCUACUACUCCAUCGUCCUGGAAAAUGUUCGCAGCACCAAGCAGCCAGAGGAAAAUGUCCUCAUCGACAUACUUGAGGUGCGUGGAAUCAAAGGAGUCUUCCUGGCCAAUCAGAAGGUAGAUGGCAAAAUGACAACUCUCAUUACCUAUAACAAAGGACAACACUGGGAACCCUUGAUGCCACCCGCCACAGACAUGAAUGGCAAGCCAAUAAGCUGCAAGGCACCGGACUGUCAUCUCCACCUCCACCUGCGCUGGGCGGACAACCCUUAUGUGUCUGGGACUGUCCAUACCAAAGACUCUGCUCCAGGUCUCAUUAUGGGUGCUGGUAACCUUGGCUCCAAACUAGUAGAGUAUAAGGAAGAGAUGUACAUCACCUCAGACUGUGGGAAGACGUGGAGACAGGUUUUCGAAGAAGAACAUCACAUCCUGUACCUGGACCACGGUGGGGUCAUUGUUGCCAUCAAAGAUACCUCUAUUCCACUCAAGAUACUUAAGUUUAGUAUUGAUGAAGGACGGACGUGGACCAUUCACAACUUCACCAGCACCUCUGUGUUUGUCGAUGGACUCCUGAGCGAGCCAGGAGAUGAGACCCUGGUUAUGACUGUGUUUGGUCACAUCAGCUACAGGUCAGACUGGGAGUUGGUCAAAGUGGACUUCAGGCAGUCUUUCCCCCGGCAGUGCACUGAGUCUGACUACGAGUCCUGGCAGCUUACAGGCCUGCAGGGAGAGAAGUGCAUUAUGGGCCAGGAGCGGAGUUUCAGGAGAAGGAAGGAAACAGCAUUCUGUAUCAAAGGAAAAACCUACACAUCAACUCUUACCACCAAACCCUGUCAGUGCACAGAGAAAGACUUCAACUGUGACUAUGGUUUUGAACGGUCCCACACAGAAGACAGUCGGUGCAUCGCUGACUUCUGGCACGAUCCAGAUUCACCACUGGAGGACUGCCAUCUAGGGCAAACCUAUGAGUCCAGCACUGGCUACAGGAAGGUGAUAUCUAACAUGUGUGAAGGGGGACUAAACAAGCACCAGAGCGCCAAACAACACAGCUGCCCCCUGCUGCCCCCUAAAGGAUUACAGGUGGGCAUCAAAGGGCAGAUGUUGGCUGUGGCGCCUGGUGAUGACAUCACAUUUGUUGUCCACCAGGAACAGGGUGACACCAGCAGCACCAAGUACCAGGUGGACCUUGGUGACGGCGUUCGGGCCAUCUACCAGAACCUGACAGUGACAGAUGAGCCUAUCCAGCAUCGCUACAAAAAUCCAGGCAUUUACAAGGUCACAGUGAAGGCCGAGAACAUGGCAGGGCACAACAAGGCCACCAUGUACAUCCAGGUCACAGCCCCUCUACAGGAAGUGCACUUGGAAGUGGUUCCAAUCACUGGGAGAAACUAUGAGGUCAAUCUAACAGCCAUAGUUCUUCCCACAGAGGCCAACUUGUCCGUCUUCUACUGGUGGAUAGGAGACAACCUGCAGCCUACGCUGACUCUGCAGAACAGCCUUCUGACUCGUUUCCCAGAGACAGGAGAGGUUUCAGUCACUGUCCAGGCUUCUAAUGGCCGAACUAUGGUGCAGGAUACCAGGACAGUUCAAGUCUACGAUAACUUUCAGGUUAUCCCUCUGAGUUUUAGCGCAAACCUGGACAGCUUCAACCCAAACAUCCCAGAGUGGAGACGGGACAUCGGCCAGGUUGUCACCAAAAUACUUGUUAAGAACACAGGUGUCCCUCUGGAAUCCCUUGUUACAGUGGUGAAGCCGGGACUCCCCACCAGAGCUGACCUGUACGUUCUCCCACUGGACAGCACAUCAGCCAAGAGGAGCAUGUUUAUAGAUAAGUGUAUUCCAGCCAUCAUACAAGCCUUCAACAGCAACAAUGUCAGCUUUGUGGUGCGAGGAGGUCUACAAGUGCUGGUGAUGCUAACUGACCCAAAUGCAGGUUACCAUGGAGCUGCUGGAGGUCUGGGUGUUUGGGCUCUAGCCAUCAUUUUCCUGAUCAGCAUCAUUACCACUGGCUCUUUCAUCCUCUACAAGUUCAAAAGGAAGCUCCCGGGCAACCGCAACGUUUACGCCCAGAUGCACAAUGAGAAGGAGCAGGAGAUGACCAGCCCUGUCAAUCACAGCGAGGACACCCAGCACAUCAUUCAGGGGGAGGAGUUCAUUGACGACGACCUGGACUCUCAGACUCUAGGUAACACAGGAGGUAGCCCUGCCUUCCGAUCCCUUAUAAGGACUACCACUAACCACUGCUACUAAAACCCAAGCUACUAACACCAGCAGCUAACACGCACCAAGGUAACCAUUCAGGUGUGGUCCUGAGCAUCAACUCCAGAGAACUACACAGUUACCUGACCAGCUGAUGGCUGCCAUGACAACACUAACAAGCUAGCCUAGUCUAGCUGGCUAACGAGCACAGGGACUCCACUCGGCCUUCCUCCUCUUACCUCUCCUUUUCCUUCUCCUCUUCCUUGGACACUUCACCUCCACAUAGUCUCACCUCAACCCUUCACCUGCAGCCUGUGCAACUUUUUGUUUUUGGUGGUGGGUUGGGGAGGGGGGUGGGGCGCAAUGAGGUUUUGAUGGCAUCACACUAAGAACACUCGCUCAUCUUUGUUUUGAAUGAAAAAAAGGAAAAAAACAUAUGUGUACGUUGUCUCUCACUCGUAGACACUCAAAACCAGCAAGCAUGACUCACUGCACUGGUUUCCAGACAGAGUUAAAUCUUCUACUACCAAGAGGCGGUAGUUACUGAAGGUAGUGAGUGGCCAAAGGCAAGUGCGUUAAGAUGAUUUCCAAGUAUUAAAAGGAUCGUGCACCCAAAAAUGAAAAUUCAGCCAUUAUCUACUCACCCAUAUGCUGAGGGGGUCCAUGUCAUUGGUUCGACAGCCCAUUGGUUCGACAUCCCAUUAGUCCGACUCUCCGCGGUGCUGAACGGCUCGCGGUGGGCGUAUGGUGCACCAGGACCGGCUUGAGGCAGAGCAGGCUCAGGGCUUAUGAGUUUGUCACUUUCUUUUUCAUUUUAACCCACACCAUGAUCUUUUCCUGACCCUAACCAAGUGGUUUUUGUGCCUAAACCUAACCAGACCUUAACCACAGGGCAUCAUGAUUAUUUCAGAACGGACUUCGGAACAAUGAGUUUAAUAUGGUCAGAACAAUGGGAUGUUGAACCAAUGGGCUGUUGAACCAAUGGGCAGUUCCC